AUGGCCUCCAUGCCGUUGGGGCCGCACCACCAUCAGCCACUGCAACCACCGUCACUACCGUUACCGUUACCGUUACCUCCGUCGCAGUUACAAGAGGCGAAAACCGUGAAUGAAGCACCGAAAACGACGGCGGUUAGUGGAGUUUCCGGUAUGGAUACUGAUAAGGAAAUGUCAGCUACUGUCGUUGACAGUAAUGAUGCAGUCACUGGUCACAUAAUUUCAACUACCAUUGGAGGCAAAAAUGGUGAACCUAAACGGACAAUCAGUUACAUGGCCGAACGAGUUGUUGGCACAGGUUCAUUUGGAAUAGUUUUCCAGGCAAAGUGCUUGGAGACUGCUGAGGCAGUGGCUAUAAAGAAAGUUUUGCAGGAUAAGCGGUACAAAAAUCGUGAGUUGCAGUUAAUGCGCGUGAUGGAUCACCCUAAUGUAAUUUCUUUGAAGCACUGUUUCUUCUCUACAACAAGCAGAGAUGAACUGUUUCUGAACUUGGUGAUGGAAUAUGUGCCUGAGACAAUGUACCGAGUUCUACAUCACUACAAUAAUAUCAACCAGAGAAUGCCCCUAAUCUAUGUGAAAUUAUAUACCUAUCAGAUCUUUAGAGGGCUGGCAUAUAUUCAUACUGUACCGGGGGUUUGCCAUAGGGAUGUGAAACCCCAAAAUCUAUUGGUUGAUCCUCUCACUCACCAAGUUAAACUUUGCGAUUUUGGAAGUGCAAAAGUUCUGGUCAAGGGUGAAGCAAACAUUUCAUACAUAUGUUCACGCUACUAUCGGGCUCCAGAACUAAUAUUUGGGGCUACAGAAUACACAACUUCUAUUGAUAUCUGGUCAGCUGGUUGUGUCCUUGCAGAACUUCUUCUAGGCCAGCCAUUGUUCCCGGGAACAAAUCAGGUGGAUCAACUUGUGGAAAUUAUAAAGGUUCUUGGUACUCCAACUCGAGAAGAAAUUCGAUGUAUGAACCCUGAUUAUACUGAUUUUAGGUUUCCUCAGAUUAAAGCCCAUCCUUGGCAUAAGGUUUUUCACAAGCGAAUGCCUCCUGAAGCAAUUGACCUUGCAUCAAGGCUUCUUCAGUACUCACCAAGUCUUCGUUGCAGUGCGCUGGAAGCAUGUGCACAUCCUUUCUUUGAUGAGCUCCGAGAGCCCAAUGCUCGUCUUCCUAAUGGUCGUCCUCUGCCUCCACUCUUCAACUUUAAGCAGGAAUUAUCUGGAGCAUCUCCUGAACUGAUCAAUAAACUCAUCCCAGAACAUAUCAGGCGGCAAACUGGUCUCGGCUUCCCAUAUCCCGGCUAG